AGCGAGCGGCCGAGCUCGGUUGUCGCCGUUGCUCCCCCGGACCUCAGUUGACACCGGGAUUGGCCUUCCCCGCAUCGUCCCCCUAGGGACUUCUAGCCCCACUCCCAUAUACCUUUCUGCCAAUGGCCUUUUCGGGGAACCUUGCCCUGCAGCCCUGGAUCCAGGAGUUGCUGCUGAACUCCAAUGGAUGCUGGUCCGACAGACCCCUGCCUGGGCAGUUGCUGGAGGUCGUGCAGGAUGCCGAAGGGGCCAAAAAGUGGCCAGGUUCGGAGAAUGUGGUGCGUGUGUCUGAUGGGGUCUGCUGUGUCUGUUGCCUAAUAACCGGGGAAGCCACAAGCAGUACAUCUUGGGAGGAGAAGCAGUUUGGAUUCCGACGAGCAGUGGGACAACUGAUUGUGUUGCAGGAGUACACCGUUUCUCUCCAGGAGGGGCCUUGCCUGGAGGACUGGGAGUUCUAUCUGAUUGUCCACAGUUUCAGCCUGUUGCCUCUAGAGCAGCCCCGGCAGGUGCCGGCUGACCGGAGAUGGAGUUCUGGGAUUUGUGACAGUAAAGAGGACCCCGUGAUACGCAGGCGACUGGACGAGCUGUGGCAAAAACAGCUCCAAGAGAGAAACCUUCCAAGCUCAGGCACUGCGUUGUCCCAGCUGCUAGAGGAGAUGCAUGAGGGCCAGCGGGAGGUGCUGACUCAGCUAGCCCAGGAUUGCCUGGACUUGCAGGAACCAGAAGGGGCCCCCGAGGAAGUGCUCUGUACCCACUGGGCAGUUGCCCGCAGGAAUGCCAAGGGAGAAGCUGUCUUCACGGUCCCGGCUCUGCGGCUCUGCACCGACAAGGAGGAGGAGGCGGCUCUUGGCUUCCCGGGGGCAGGACCCCCUCAAGACUUGGAGUGCCGUUUUUCACUCCCGAGCCCAGAGAGGACCUCUGUCCACCCCUGGAGUCUGCACCCCUGCCUCUCCCUCGUCCUGACCACCUCCUCUUCCUCCUCCUCCUCCUCCUCCUCUUCCUCUGAUGAAGCCCUGCUCUUGGCGGCCAUCGCUGAAACAAGCCAUCCAUCCCAGGGCAGCCGCAGCUUUGACAUUGUGGCCUCUCCCGAGCAGACGUCCCCUUCGUUUAGUCCUUUGCCCCCCGUGGGCCGGGUCCAGAGGACCGGGAACCCUGCUGCUCUCUCCGCCAGUUAUGUCAGGGGCCGGGGAGGAAGCCCUGCCCUCCCUGCCUGUGGGCAGGUCUCUGGGGGGCAAGUAGCAACAGCAGGCAGAGCCCAGGGUGUGGGUACGCCAGGAGCCAAGAGGCGUGGAGGCCUGAUGCCCAUGCUGGAGUUUGUGGGCCACAACAGUAGCAAGAGGGUCCGGGACACUGCAGCCGAUGGGCCCGGAACAGCUGCUCCUCCCCCGGGGAGUCUCCCCCAGGGCAGCCCGGCCAGGGCCCCUCCACAGCAUCACAAGGAUGGUUCCUCCUUCCAGUACCACUACCCCAUCCCCUCUACUCAGCUGUGCGCUGAAGUCAGGGCCACCAGGAUCACUAAAGAGCUUCUGGCCUGGGCCUGUCAGGUGCUGACGGAGCAGGAGCCAGCCGAGGCCUAACCUGAUGGGUGUGCACUCCCAAAUUGGGCUGGAGACAGGGGUGAGGACCUGCCCUGUCUCAUUCCUAUUUUCUCCCCUCCCCGCAGUCAGGGGGCUCGUCCCAGGGCAGACAGUUUAGUUUUUUAAUAAAAUAAUCUCAUGCGGCA